GAGUAGCAACACCAGCUCUUGAUCCAGGGUGCAACUGGGUUCCGAGGUCUGGAGAGAUUUACACUGCAGCAGAUAUGAAGGUGACUCCUCAAAAUAUCUUCCUCCUGCUCCUUUUGGAAGUUGCGCUGGUUGAGAAUGUUGUGCUGGCCAGAAAAACACUGCAUGCGAAACGAUCCAAAGUAAACACAGGAGAUGAAAUCGCAGUGCAGCAAUAUAUCGAGGAACAAUGCGUUGGCAAGGCCUUAGACUUAGUCUUCAUCAUUGACAGUUCCCGGAGUAUACUUCCUCCUGACUUUGAGAAAGUGAAAGAAUUCAUCAAAAACAUCCUCAAAUUCCUGGACGUUGGUCUGGCCAAGACAAGAGUGGGCCUCGUCCUCUAUGGCAGCACCGUCGAAAGCGUGUUCUCCCUCAAAACCUACAAGAAGGUGGAGGACAUGAUGAGGGCAGUUGAGGAGAUGGUGCACUUGGCAACUGGCACCAUGACAGGGCUGGCCAUUGAAUAUACUAUGAAGGUGGCAUUCUCCAAACAGGAGGGGGCAAGGCCAUUUGACAGAAACGUGCCGCGCGUGGCAAUUAUAGUGACGGAUGGGAGACCCCAGGACAAGGUGGCAGAGGUAGCAGCUCAAGCAAGAGACUCGGGAAUUCUCAUAUUCGCCGUAGGUGUAGGAAGAGUUGAUAUGCAGAUACUUCAGCUGAUUGGGAGCGAGCCACAUGAGAAACAUGUGUUCUUUGUGCAGAAUUUCAGCAUGAUUCAAACUCUCCUCUCUGAGUUCCAAACCAAAAUAUGUGAUACAGAUCUCUGCGGAGUGGUUGGCCAUGGAUGUGAACAGAUCUGUGUCAACACACCAGGGUCUUACAUUUGCAAAUGUGAAAAAGGAUUCAUCCUAAACAGUGAUCAGAAAACUUGCCGAAGAAUUGAUUUCUGCAUCCAGGCUGGGCACAACUGCGAACAUGAUUGUGUGAGCACAGAGGACAGUUAUUUCUGUAGAUGUCGGAAAGGUUACGUACUACACCCUGAUGGCAAGACAUGUCUGCAGUGUACCCACAGAGCUAUGGACGUCGUCUUCUUCAUUGACGAAUCCAAAGGCCUUGGAGCAAAUCAUUUCCGAUCAGUGAAACAAUUUGUCAACAGCAUCGUGGAUGGGUUGGAAGUUGCACCAAAUGCAACUCGAGUGGGUCUGGUGCAGUACUCCACUAAGGUCCAGACGGAAUUUCCUCUCCAACGCUACAGCACAGUCAAUCAGGUCAAGGCUGCAGUGAGUCGAGCUAAAUCGAUAGGCCAACAGCCCAUGACAGGGCGCACUCGGAGGCAGAUCUUUAAAAACAGCUUCAAGGUGAAUGAAGGAGCUCGAGCCCUUGCAGAAAACGUUCCAAGGAUAGCGCUUGUGCUCACCGAUGGCCGUCAACAGGCUGAUGUUGUGGAAUGGGCGACUGAAGCAAAGCAGACUGGUAUCAAUAUAUUCGCCAUUGGAGUUGGCAAGGCAACUGAAGAAGAAUUACAACAAGUUGCUUCAUUUCCACAUGAUGAGUACCUGCAUUACGCAAAAGACUUCAGAACCAUGGGUGAAAUAGUGGAAACACUGAAACUACAAAUUUGUAAAGGAACUCCAUCACUUAGCGAUCAAUGCAAAUGUGAAGCAAUUGUGUCAUUCCAGAUUCAAGCUAAUGAAGAAAUACGGACAUUAACCCAAAAAUUGGAAGAAGUGAUGAACAGGCUGAAGACUGUGGAGAACUCUUUCAAAGCCAAGUAACAGGAGUGAAAUACACAUUUUUCUUUAAUUUCUAUAAAUGAAGACUUUAGUUUGAUGCAUGGUGUUGAGUUUCCUGAUCAGGUAAUUAGACACUGUCAUUUUGUAUAUUUUAUGGAUGGUAUGGUAUUUACACAAAACUGGCAUUGGGAAAAUGAUUAGUGCCUCAUCCCCUUCUGAAACAAACUAAGACCUUUUUACCAUGUGUUGGUAAGUUGGCAGUUAUAUAUUUUAACUAAUAAAAACAUGCAACUCUAGCAAUGUUUGAUCAGAAAUAUAUACGACUCACUUCCACUUCACAGAUAAUGAUCUAAUCUCGAGAAUUUUAAAGUUUUUUUUAAAAGACUGCUAUUAUAGCUCAGCAUCAUUGAAACAUGCAUACUUAAUGGAUAUUGCUAGGAUUGUUGCAAAAAUAAUUCAGGACUGUUUGUGUUUUGCUGCAGAAAGCUAUUCUUUUAAUCGUC